AAAAACAGCAACUCCCCCAGCAACGUUUAAGACUUUUAAGAGGGCGUGAGACAGCAUUUUAUCCAAAGAGAAAAACAAAACGACCCGACCCGAAUCAGAAAAAAAUGGGCAAGGAUUUGAGCGACGAUCAGGUGUCAUCAAUGAAAGAAGCGUUCACGCUCUUCGACACAGACGGUGACGGAAAGAUAGCCCCAUCGGAAUUGGGGAUCCUUAUGAGAUCUCUCGGUGGAAACCCGACCCAAGCUCAAUUAAAAUCCAUAAUCGCCGAGGAGAACUUGACGGCACCGUUUGAUUUCCCUAGAUUCCUUGAUUUAAUGGCAAAGCACAUGAAAGCUGAGCCGUUUGAUCGGCAGUUGCGUGAUGCAUUCAAAGUGCUUGAUAAGGAUAACACAGGGUUUGUUUCUGUUGCGGAUCUGCGUCAUAUUUUGACCAGUAUUGGAGAGAAAUUGGAGGUGGCGGAGUUCGAUGAGUGGAUCCGAGAAGUUGAUGUCGGGUCCGAUGGGAGGAUCCGUUACGAUGAUUUUAUUGCUAGAAUGGUUGCUAAGUGAAAGUGAAUGAUUUGGAUUUUAAAGAUUUGUAAGUGUUUGUUCGUUUGUUUUGGAAGCAAAUUGUGGUUAGUUUUUUUUUUUUUUUUUUUGGGGGGGGGGGGGGGUAGUAGUGUUUGCUUUGGGUUUUGUUUGUAAUGGAUGGUGUUGGUGUUUUUAUUUUAAUAAUUGAAUUGUUGAAUUAAUUUUCAUUUUCUUUUUGUAGUUAGCGUGUGGAUGCUAUUGUUGAAUCUGUAAUUUUUUACAGAUAUUUGGGUGAAAUAUAUUGUAAGGAACUAUUUUUUAGCUA